AUGGAAGCUCUAGGCGACGACGAUUCCAGCAGUAGUAGAUUCCCAUCUUACGAGGCUCCCAUCGGCUACGGCAUCGAAGACGUUCGACCUCACGGUGGGAUCAGGAAGUUCCAGUCCGCUGCGUACUCCAAUGUAUACCCCCCGCCCCCUCGAGCUACAUCUGUUCUUCCCGUUUCGAUCUUCCUCCGUCGAAGAAGACUCACGCCUUCGAUCCCUUUCUGUGCUUCUGAAUCUGUGCAGUGCGCGAGGAAACCAUCCUGA